UGAAUUGUCACCAGGUUUUGUCCUACGCACACUUGUUAAACAGUUGGAAAAGAAAACGCAGACCGAAAGAUGACUCUCACAGCAGCAGACAAAGCCCACGUGAAGGCUAUUUGGUCCAAGGCAGGCAGCAAGGCCGAGGAGAUUGGCGCCGAAGCUCUGGGAAGGAUGCUCGAGGUCUUCCCACAGACCAAGACAUACUUCUCCCACUACGCCGAGCUCGGUGUGAAAUCAGCUCAAGUGCGCACCCACGGCAAGAAGAUCAUAGACGCGCUUACCGGCGCAGUCAACCACAUAGAUGAUUUCACUGGGACUCUGUCCUCUCUGAGCACUCUGCACGCCAACACAUUGAGAGUUGAUCCUGCCAACUUCAAGAUCCUGUCCCACACCAUCCUGGUGGUCCUGGCCCUUUACUUCCCUGCUGAGUUCACUCCGGAGGUUCACCUUUCAUGCGACAAGUUCCUUGCCCUCGUGUCCCACGUCCUGGCUGACAAGUACCGCUAAAACAUCGAGAGCCGAGCUCAAGGCAGGACUCUUACUAGCCAUGUCCAGCCGGAGUAUUCAGUUGUUGUCAAUAACAAUAUGAACAUGGAAUAAAUAAAAACUUUUUUCCCCAUUAAAAA